AGAAGCCGGAGCCUGGUAAAGACAGCUCCGCCGGGGUGUUUCCUAGUUCAGCGCUCGCCACUCGCUCGCUGCUUGUCAGGCGCGGCUUAGCGUUCCGCUCCUUCUCGUGCUUGGAGCCCGGAGGAUGGUGCUGCCCAAAGCAGAGCACGCCGCCAGGCUUUACCGGGCGCCGCCGGAGCUGGCGCGGGAGGCGCAUGUGUCUUCCUUGGAAAAAUACCGCGAGCUUUACCGCCGCUCGGUGGAGGAGCCCCAGGAAUUUUGGGGUGAUAUAGCCAAAGAAUUUUACUGGAGAAACCAACACACUGGACCAUUCCUGCAGUACAAUUUUGAUGUUACCAAAGGGAAAAUCUUUAUUGAAUGGAUGAAAGGAGCUACAACCAACAUUUGCUACAAUGUUUUGGACAGAAAUGUUUACGAGAAUAAACUUGGAGACAAGAUAGCAUUUUAUUGGGAAGGAAAUGAACCAGGAGAUUCCAUGAAAAUUACAUACAGUGAAUUGCUGAGCAAAGUCUGCCAAUUUGCCAAUGUUCUUCGGGAACAAGGCGUGAAGAAAGGAGACAGAGUUUCCAUCUACAUGCCAAUGAUAAUUGAGCUGGUGGUUGCUAUGUUAGCUUGUGCCAGAAUUGGAGCACUUCAUUCUAUUGUGUUUGCAGGCUUUUCAGCAGAAUCUCUUUGUGAGAGGAUUCUAGAUUCCAACUGCUCGCUUCUCAUAACUGCAGAUGCCUUUUAUAGAGGUGAUAAGCUGAUUAACUUGAAGCAGAUAGCUGAUGAAGCCUUACAGAAGUGUAAAGCUAAGGGUAACCCUCUGGAAAGAUGUAUUGUGGUUAAGCAUCUAGGAAGAGAAGAACUAGUUCAAGAUGGGUCAAGCAGCAAGUCUCCACCUCUGAAAAGAAUCUGUCAGAAUGUGCAAGAAAAAAAGACUCAGAGCUCAAAGAAAGUCCAGCCAAAGACUCCUUGGGAUCCAGAAGUUGAUCUUUGGUGGCAUGACAUCAUGAAAAAUGCUAGCAAGGAGUGUGAGCCUGUCUGGUGUGAUGCAGAAGAUGAAUUGUUUAUUCUCUACACCAGUGGAUCAACAGGGAAACCGAAGGGUGUUGUACACACAAUAGCUGGAUAUAUGCUUUUCACGGCUGCUACUUUUAAAUAUGUGUUUGAUCAUCAUCCUGAGGAUAUUUACUGGUGCACAGCUGAUAUUGGAUGGAUAACUGGCCAUUCCUAUCUCACGUAUGGACCCUUGGCAAAUGGGGCAACCAGUGUCUUAUUUGAAGGGCUCCCUAUUUACCCAGAUGUUAGCCGUAUGUGGAACAUCAUUGACAAGUACAAGGUGACCAAGUUCUACACAGCACCCACUGCUAUUCGCCUCCUCAUGAAAUAUGGAGAUGAACCUGUCAAGAAAUACAGCAGGAAAUCCCUGAAAGUGCUAGGAACAGUUGGAGAACCCAUAAACCCAGAAGCUUGGUUGUGGUUUUAUAGGGUAGUUGGUGAAGAACGAUGCCCUAUAGUGGAUACCUUCUGGCAAACGGAAACCGGUGGUCAUGUGCUGACUCCUCUCCCCUAUGCCACACCUAUGAAGCCAGGCUCAGCUACUUUUCCUUUCUUUGGAGUGGUCCCUGCAGUGUUGGAUGAAUCCGGGGAAGAGUUAGAAGGAGACGCUGAAGGUUACCUGGUUUUUAAGCAACCCUGGCCUGGAAUAAUGCGCACAGUGUACAAAAACCACCAGCGGUUUGAGGCAACCUACUUCCAAAAAUUUCCUGGUUAUUAUGUGACUGGCGAUGGCUGUAAGAGAGAUAAAGAUGGUUAUUACUGGAUCACAGGUCGAAUUGAUGACAUGCUGAAUGUUUCUGGGCAUUUACUGAGCACAGCAGAGGUUGAAUCGGCACUUGUGGAGCAUGCAUCUAUCUCAGAGGCAGCCGUAGUUAGCCACCCACACCCUGUAAAGGGAGAAUGCCUCUACUGUUUUGUGACUCUGAAGGAUGGACAUGAUUUCACAAACAAACUGAUUGAUGAGCUGAAGAAACAAGUAAGAGAAAAGAUUGGUCCUAUUGCAACUCCAGAUUAUAUCCAGAAUGCUCCUGGCCUGCCCAAAACCCGCUCAGGUAAAAUUAUGCGACGGGUAUUAAGGAAGAUUGCAAAAAAUGACCGGGAACUGGGCGAUACCUCAACAGUUGCAGAUCCAGCAGUUAUAAACCAUCUUUUCAGUAACAGGUGUGAGACAAUAAUGUAGCGGGGCUAUCCUACUAAAACAGCAGAAAUUACAAGAAUUUGAUGAGAAUAUGGCCCCUGAGAGACAAUGACUUGAGAUGGGAAAUUGGUAUGUGCUGCUCUGAAUAUAAGAUCCUGAAGAGAAGACAAACUGGUGCUCCAACUUCCAGUCCUUUCGUGUUGUAAAUCUAGCUUUGUGCCUCUAGCACUAUGUGUGUUAUUUUAUAGUCCAAUACUCCACAUAAAAAAUUUCAGCUUCAUUCAUGCAAUAUUUCAAUUAUUUUUAUUUUUACACUUAACAUGCUAUAAUUGGUGGAGCUUAGAACAUGCAGAUAAUGGUAUGAAGAGGCCCUUCCUCCUGAGCUGUAGUUAUGAGCCUUUAAAAGGCUUGAGAACUAAUAGAUUAAGCAGUAAUCCUCAUGUUGAGGCAGUAUUACUGAAAUACAUAUUUUAACAAUUUAAGCAUUUGUUUUAACAAAAAUUAUCCCGAGUACCCCAGCAUAGGAAAUGAGACAUUUUAAAGAAAACUGUCAAAUCUGAAUCUGUGUAAAAUUAUUUUUCCAGUGUUCUCUCUGUUGAAAUGUAGACUGGAAAGGAUUAUUAUACUUUUUUGUUCCCCCAAAGGGAUAACACUAUCUACAGAUUCUAAUUUCCAAUAAUGCUUGUGUGCUUGAAUGCACACAUUUGAAUUUUUGCAGUAUAUUGUUCCAUGAUGGAUGCAACCUCAGCUGUUCUAGUCAUUAAAGCUGUGCUGUAUGCCUAGAUAUUCUGUAGAGGGAGGUCCUUUUUUUUUUUUUUUGGCUAGAAAUAUUUGGUGCAAUGUCAGCGCCAGUUGAAUCUGGGGAGAUAUAUCUAUUAUUUUCAUUAACUGAUGAGCAGCAGAUGCUAUAAAUAUUAAAGGAAGCCAUUGUGUGAUCAGCUUGUGUUCCACAAUCACGUAAAGGAAAUGAAUAAAUAAAUAUAUUCAGAGAUUUCGGAAUGUGUCUGGUUACACUGAGGAAAUGUCUUCCAGAUAUACUUAAAUGUACUCAAAUGGAUCCUCAUUUCUCCAUGUGAUCAUUGUGUAGAUCAUGUGUAUGACCAAAGUCAAGCUGCUGUGCUUAUGAAAGACAAAAAAUAGGCCACCAAACAGCAGAGACACAUUUUCUUCAGUUAGAUGACUUUACUCAUAGUUCAUUAAUCUUGCUUCUUCUUGAAAUUAGGGUGGUUCCCAUUGAAAGAGCAAAGGCAAAAUCAAAUUUAGUUUUCGAUCUGAUAUCAGUACUUAGAUGAGGAAAACACAAACCCUUUAAUCCUUGCAGAUCAAUAAAUGUAUAAGAUGGCAAAGGUUUGUUUCAAAUUUGCCAAGGCAUGACAGCACUUAGUGCUAUUCACCUUGGAAUGUCUUUGUAUUAGAAACGGCUAUUUACUAUCUGAAACAUUUUUUUUGCCUGUGAUAACUAUGUUGUUGUAUUCCUGAAGAUAUCUGCAUUAUCCAUAGAACAACUUACAACUGUAUGCCCUCAUACUGUGUAUUUGACUACUGUGACAAUUGCUUUAUCUUUGCUCAUGGGUAUAUUUCUCAUUUUUUAAUCUGCUGGUGGUAGUCUAAAUGUACUUGUGUGUGAUCUGCAACAUUGAUAUGCAUAUGUUCUACAGCACCGAUAGUAGGCCAGUGGCUUACUAAAUGCUGUUGAUACAAAUUCCUCUUAUUUUUGGACACAGAAUGAUAUAAAUAUGGCUGGGAAAUGGGGAAAAAAUGUUUUAAUUGGAAUAAAUUAAAAAGAUAAAACCUAUAACACAA